CCGCUGUCUAGGCUUUCAAAGUGAGCAAGCUAAUUCUCUUUGAAAGAACAAUGAGGAUGCAGAUUUUCUUUACAAGUCCUGCGAAAGAUAAAAAGAAUUCAAAAGGAUAUUUGUAAGCGAAAUCCUCACUUAAAAUCCUUUAUGAAAUCAGUGGAUUUGCUGCACAUCACUCUGCUGAGUGUAGUCAUAAAUGAUGCUCAAACAUACAAAAGAGCACGAACUGCACUCCAGAAUGUCUAUAACGAGAUAUCAGACAUGAUGUGCAAGGAGCCUCUGCAGCUCGAAAUUACUGGGCUGGAUAGUUUUUAUAAUAGAGAUUCUAUCUUCAUUGCCUACAAAUUCAAAAGUGCUGGUGACAACAGCACUCUUGAAUUGGUAUAUGAUGUGUUGGAUGCUCUCUCCAGACGAUGCCUAAGCAGAAUGUCGCAGAAAUUUUUGCAGUCUUCGGUUUGUCUUGAAAAUUUGCAAAACAUGGUGCUAUAUGCAUGCAUCAAAGAAGAUGCAAGUUAUCACAGAUUGUGUCAGAUAGCACAUUCUGUGAGAAAACAUUUUUCUUCAUUGAAUGUGACGUUUGUAGAUAGCAGACCUCUUGUUCCCCACCUAACUAUUGGGAAAAUAAGUAUCCCUUCAGGAGAACUACGGGAUGGAAGAUCAUUUCAUCCUGUUUCAUAUGAAGCCUUUAAAAACCAAUAUAUUGGCUUUCAUACGAUCUCUGGUAUACAAUUGGUUAGUUCCAGUAUUCCCAGAGAUCAAACAGGCUACUAUGGUGGAGAAACUCUGAUCUUCAAAGACAGAAUAAAGAUGGGAGUAGCAAGAUCAUGUUUUGAAGACAAGCAGAUUGAGGAUAUUGGGACUCUGGUGGCGCUUCAGACGACUUGUGGUUCAAGAUGGCUGUCAAAUUCGUCAGCAUGCAGUGCAUACCGUGCAGCGCUUCCUUCCAUUAAUAGAUGAAGACACGAGAUAUUGUGAUGAAUAAAAUAAAUGUAGCACUGAGGACACUUCCUUGCAGAUCUCCCUCAGCUUGGUUGAAAAAAUCGGAAUAA